AUGAGUGAUCCGACAUCUUUCAGUGGUAUUUCCACCCCGGCUGGCCCCGCUGCCAUGUAUACACCAGACAAUCGCAGUUCCGCCAACGGUGACCAUUCGGUCAGCAUCGACGACAACUCUGGUGCAAAAGACAGUCACGUCGAUGUUGACCGCGCCAAAGCUGAAUUCCAUCAGCUCCAGACGUCUCUCAGCCGCCAAUCCGAGACCACCCGCCAGAAUAGUCAGGAGGCUCAGGACAUCGAAGCUGGUCAAAAGGGCGGUGACAACGACGACGACGACGAUUUUGACCUUGUCCAAUACCUCCGUUCGGUUCAGUCUGAAAAUGCCCAGGCUGGUAUCAAGUCCAAACACAUUGGGGUCUCUUGGUCAGACCUCGAAGUGAUCGGAAACGAUUCCAUGUCACUCAACAUCCGAACCUUUCCUGACGCCAUCACCGGCCUCUUCCUUGGCCCCCUUUUCUCCAUCAUGAGCCGACUCAACAAGAACCGUGGACGCAAGCUCCUCCAAAAUUUCAACGGUGUCGCCAAGCCUGGCGAGAUGGUUCUCGUCGUCGGCCGUCCUGGCUCAGGCUGCUCCACUUUCCUCAAGACCAUCGCUAACCAGCGCGGCGGCUACAUUGGCGUCAAUGGCGACGUCAAGUAUGGAGGUAUUCCCAGUCAAGAGUUUGCUCGCAAAUACCAGGGUGAGGCCGUCUACAACGAGGAGGAUGACGUGCACUUCCCGACGCUCACCGUCAAGCAGACACUCGAAUUCGCUCUCAGCCUCAAGAGCCCAGGCAAACGCCUUCCUCACCAGACGGUGAAAUCGCUCAACGAAGAGGUGCUCAACACCUUCCUUAAGAUGCUUGGCAUUCCUCACACAGCCAACACGCUGGUCGGCUCCGCGGUCGUUCGCGGUGUCUCGGGUGGCGAGCGAAAACGUGUCAGUAUCGCUGAGUGUAUGGCUAGUAGAGCCGCAGUUGUCAGUUGGGACAACUCGACCCGUGGUCUUGAUGCUUCCACCGCUCUCGACUAUGCCAAGUGCAUGCGUGUCUUCACCGACAUUCUUGGCCUCACCACCUUCAUCACCCUCUAUCAGCCGGGUGAGGGUAUCUGGGAGCAGUUCGACAAGGUCAUGGUCAUCGACGAGGGUCGCUGCGUCUACUACGGUCCGCGCAUCAAGGCUCGUCAAUAUUUCCUCGACUUGGGCUUCAAGGACUACCCUCGUCAAACGUCGGCCGAUUUCUGCUCGGGCUGCACCGAUCCCAACCUGGACCGUUUUGCCGAAGGUCAGGACGAAAACACUGUGCCUUCCACUUCUGAGCGCCUCGAGGAGGUCUAUCACAACUCUUCCAUCUACCAGGAUAUGCUUCGCCAGAAGCAAGAAUACGAUGCUCAGAUUGCUGCAGACCGUUCUGCCGAGGAAGAGUUCCGACAGGCCGUUCUCGAGGACAAGCACAAGGGCGUUCGCCCCAAGAGCAUCUACACUGUUAGCUUCGCUCGCCAAGUGCAAGCGCUCACCGUUCGCCAGAUGCAGAUGAUUCUCGGUAACCAAUUCGACAUUUUUGUCUCGUUUGCCACCACCAUCACCAUCGCUCUCAUCGUCGGUGGUAUCUUCCUCAACCUGCCUGAAACGGCUGCCGGUGGAUUCACUCGAGGCGGUGUUCUGUUCAUUGGUCUCUUGUUCAACGCUCUCACCGCCUUUUCUGAACUUCCUACGCAGAUGGGUGGCCGUCCUGUUCUGUUCAAACAGAUGAACUACGCUUUCUAUCGUCCUGCUGCGCUCAGCUUGGCGCAGCUCUUUUCGGACAUUCCGCUCUCGCUCGGCCGUGUGAUUCUCUUCUCGAUUAUUCUCUACUUUAUGGCUGGUCUCGAACGGUCCGCAGGCGCCUUUUUCACCUUCUUCCUCUUUGUCUACUUUGGCUACCUCGCCAUGUCGGCUCUCUUCCGACUCUUUGGAACCGUCUGCAAAUCGUACGAUGUCGCUGCGCGUCUCGCGGCCGUCAUCAUCUCUGCCCUGGUCGUCUUUGCAGGCUACGUCAUUCCUCGUGACGCCAUGUACCGCUGGCUCUUCUGGAUUUCGUACCUCAACCCUCUCUACUUCGCCUUCUCGGGCCUCAUGAUGAACGAGUUCAAGAACCUCUCGCUGGCUUGCGUUGGAACGUACAUUGUUCCACGAAAUCCUCCUGGCUCUACCCAGUAUCCUGACAAUGUCGGUCAGAACCAGGUAUGCACGCUGCCAGGCGCUCGUGCAGGUCAGCAAUUCGUCGCCGGUAACGACUACCUGCGUGCCAGCUUUGGCUACGACUCGGGUGAUCUCUGGCUCUACUUUGGUGUUACGGUCAUCUUCUUUGUGGGUCUAGUGGGCAUCACCAUGGUGGCCAUCGAGAUUUUCCAACACGGCAAACAUUCCAGUGCGCUCACCAUUGUCAAAAAGCCCAACAAGGAGGAGCAAAAGCUCAACCAGCGCCUCAAGGAGCGUGCUUCGAUGAAGGAAAAGGACUCGAGCAAGCAGCUCGAUGUCGAGUCGAAACCUUUUACUUGGGAAAAGCUCUGCUACGAGGUGCCUGUCAAGGGCGGAAAGCGUCAGCUGCUUGACAACGUUUAUGGCUAUUGCCGACCCGGUACUCUGACGGCUCUGAUGGGUGCUUCCGGUGCUGGAAAGACUACGCUGCUCGAUGUGCUUGCCGACCGCAAAUCGAUCGGUGUCAUCAGCGGUGAAAGGCUCAUCGACGGCAAGAAGAUCGGGAUCGAGUUCCAGCGAGGCUGUGGUUAUGCAGAGCAGCAGGACAUCCACGAAGGCACCGCCACGGUCCGUGAAGCUUUGCGUUUCAGUGCGUAUCUGCGCCAGCCUCCCAGUGUUCCCAAGGAGGACAAGGAUGCCUACGUCGAAGACAUUAUCGAGCUUUUGGAGAUGCAGGACAUUGCCGAUGCCAUGAUUGGUAUCCCGGAAUUCGGUCUUGGCAUUGGCGACCGCAAACGUGUCACCAUCGGCGUCGAGCUUGCUGCGCGUCCUGAUCUGCUUCUCUUCCUUGACGAACCCACCUCGGGUUUGGAUGGCCAGACUGCUUACAACGUGGUCCGCUUCCUCAAGAAGUUGGCCGCUUCCGGUCAGGCGAUCUUGUGCACUAUUCACCAGCCCAACGCUCUUCUCUUUGAGCAGUUCGAUCGCUUGCUCCUACUCGAACGCGGUGGAAAGACUGUCUACUUUGGCGAUGUCGGUCCCAAUGCUAAGCACAUCGUCAAGUACUUUGCCGACCGAGGCGCAGAGUGUCCCGGAAACGUCAACAUGGCCGAGUACAUGCUCGACGCUAUUGGAGCUGGUUCUAUGAAGCGAGUCGGAGACAAGCCGUGGUCCGAGCUGUACAAGGAAUCGGAUCUCUUCCAGCACAACUUGGCCGAGAUCGAGAAGAUCAAGCAGGAGAGCUCCAGCUCCACUUCUCAAGGAUCUGAACAGAGCCACAAGACCGAGUACGCUACGCCCUUUGUAUACCAGGUCAAGACGGUUCUUCAUCGCGCGCUGCUCAGCACGUGGAGGCAGCCAGACUACCAGUUCACUCGUCUCUUCCAACACGCUGCGAUUGCUCUGAUUUCUGGUCUAUGCUUCCUCAACUUGGACAAUUCGGUCGCUUCGCUUCAGUACCGCAUCUUUGGUAUCUUUAUGGCUACGGUGCUGCCGGCCAUCAUUCUGGCUCAGAUCGAGCCGUUCUUCAUCAUGUCACGCUCUGUGUUCAUCCGAGAAGAUUCGAGCAAGAUGUACAGCGGCGUCGUGUUCGCCAUUGUGCAACUGAUCCAGGAGGUUCCUUUUGGCAUCGUGUCGACGGUGGUGUACUUCCUUCUGUUCUACUACCCAGCGGGCUUCCAGACCGGCUCGGACCGAGCAGGUUACUUCUUUGCCAUGCUUUUGGUUACCGAGAUGUUUGCUGUGACGCUCGGCCAAGCGAUCGCGGCGAUCUCGCCUUCGAUUUACAUUGCUUCGCUCUUCAACCCGUUCAUGAUCGUGAUCAUGUCGUUGCUCUGCGGUGUCACGAUCCCUUAUCCGAACAUGCCGUCGUUCUUCCGUUCGUGGCUGUACUGGGUGAACCCUCUCACCUACCUGGUUUCUGGUCUGGUGACAAACGAGAUGCACAACCUUACGGUCGAAUGCACUGCGACCGAGUUGGCGCGUUUCAACCCGCCUAGCGGCCAGACGUGCCGGGCUUGGGCCGGUGCGUUUGUGGAUGCGUUUGGAGGCUACCUGCAAAACCCGGACGCUACAUCCGACUGCCAGUAUUGCCAGUACCGAAAUGGCGACCAGUUCUAUGCUGGUCUCAACAUUGAUUUCUCAGAACGAGGCAGGAACAUUGGUCUCGUCAUCGUCUACGUCGCCUUCAACGCGAUCGUCACCAUCCUCGCUUCGCGCUUCAUCAAGUACGCCAACCGCUGA